CCGCGCGCUCGUCCCGCAGCCGAACAUCAUUCCACCUCGCGACGUCGACUCGGACGAACAUGCCCAGCGACCAGCUCCUAGCGAACACUUGCUAACUACCUUGUGACUCACUACCAAUCAAAUUAACUACAUUUACAAGUUUACUUAACUAUUAAGAAAGACAAUUGGUGACCAGUGCGGAUGCAUUUUCCAUGAACCACGCGUGAGAUGGCCUUAUCGCUGCAGUCGUCGCAGAAUUCGAGAGGUGUGUCAGUGAGGCCGCUUUCGGCGAUGCGGCAGGAGUCGCUGCCCAUGCUGGCGGAGCGGCUGCUGGCGACGCGCGCGGCGGCGCUGGUGGCGGGGCUGCCCCCCGAGCUGUACUCCGGCGCGCUGCUGGCCGCCUGGCCGCCCUCCCCGCCCGCGCCCCGAGCCCCCGCCGCCGCGCCCGAGCGCCGCCGCCGCCGCACGCCCAAGCUGGACGACACCGCACCACCCUCGCCGCCCUCUUCGUCCGGCUCCUCGCCCGGCGCCGCCGACCCGCCGCGCGACAAGCUCUUCACCUGCAAGGUGUGCUCGCGCUCCUUCGGCUACAAGCACGUGCUGCAGAACCACGAGCGCACGCACACCGGCGAAAAGCCCUUCGAGUGCGGCGAGUGCCACAAGCGCUUCACGCGCGACCACCACCUCAAGACGCACCUGCGCCUGCACACGGGCGAGAAGCCGUACUCGUGCCCGCACUGCCCGCGCCACUUCGUGCAGGUGGCCAACCUGCGCCGCCACCUGCGCGUGCACACCGGCGAGCGGCCCUACGCCUGCGCGCGCUGCCCGGCGCGCUUCUCCGACUCCAACCAGCUGAAGGCGCACGCGCUGGUGCACGAGGGCGACGCGCCCUUCGCCUGCCGCUGCGGCGCGCGCUUCCGGCGGCGGCAGGCGGCCGCGCUGCACCGCUGCGGCCAGGCCAGCCCGCCCGCGCCCGACUGGCGCUGGGACGACUGGCCCGCGCCCGCGCCCGAGCAGACCGAGCCCGAGGACCUGUCGCUGCCGCGCCGCCCCGCCACGCCCGACUCGCCCACCGACCUGCGCGUGCACGCGUAG